AUGGGCAUUGAAAGAGUACUGAAGGAAAAAUUUGGGGAUGCAGUAAAGGAUAUUCGCCAAGUAUAUGAUGAUGGCAUUAGUGAGACAACUGUUGAGGCAGUGAACAGUCAUCUUGACAUAUUGAGACCAGCCAUUAAGAACUAUGGUGGAGGCGUGGAAAUAUUAUCUGUUGAGAGUGGUGAUUGCCGUGUAAAGUAUGUUGGGCCUGAGUCUAUUGGAACAGGAAUUAAAGCAACAAUCAAGAAGUUCCCAGACAUUGUGAAUGUUGUGUUUACUGGCUAG